CCAAAAGAAAUGACUAUGAGGACUUCUUGUACUACAAUGCCUGUACAUUCUCCUAGGAAGAGUUCUACAGAAAGUGGAGGAGGAUGUGACGGAGAUGAUCCUUAUUGCACCCAUGUGGACCACACAACCAUGGUUUCCAAAAAUGUUGAAACUGAUUAUAGCCCCACCAGUGAUCCUGCCCAACAGGUUACAACUGUUACAAUUGCGAAACGACCCAGUCAGACAACAUCCACUGCGGAAACUGCGUCUGAUAGCCUGCAGGUUAUCAGGGAAUGCCUGCAACGUCAAGGAUUUUCGACACAAGUUACAAACAUCAUUCUCGCAUCAUGGAUGACAUCAACACAGAAGCAAUAUGGGGUGCAUAUCCGCAGAUGGUUGUCGUUUUGCGAGCAAGGGACAGUGGAUCCACUUCAACCAUCUGUAACAGACUUGUUAGAAUUUUUAUCUAACAUGUUUCAUAAAGGGCUAGGCUACAGUAGUGUAAAUACGGCUAAGUCAUGUAUCAAAUCGUUCUUUGAAUUAACUGGUAAUACUUCUUUGAUAGAAAAUGUACUCAUUAAAAGAUUUAUGAAAGGGAUAUUUCAUGCUCGUCCAGCAUUGCCAAGAUAUUCCACUACUUGGAGUGUUUCAUUAGUUUUACAAUAUAUACAAACCCUUUCACCUGUACAUACUAUUUCCCUUAGAUUUUUGUCACUGAAAUUAGUUAUGCUUCUAGCAUUAUUGACAGGCCAAAGGUGCCAGACUCUUCAUUUGAUAGACAUUCGCAAUAUUACUGUGACAGAGUCCCAAGUAACAAUCGUUAUUGGUGACCUUUUAAAACAGUCCAAACCAGGUCGGCACUUGCCGCCUAUAGUGUUGUGCGCAUUCCCAACCGACUCAUCUUUAUGUGUUGUGACAGUGUUGAAAGAGUACCUUGAGCGGACUAAAGUUCUACGCAAGGAAGAACCACAAUUGUUCAUCAGUACGAUUUCACCUUUUAACAAAGUUUCUAAACAAACUAUCGCAAAUUGGAUAAAACUUGUGUUAAAGAAAUCUGGCAUAGACACAUCAGUGUACAAACCACAUAGCACACGUAGUGCAUCUAUGACAGCAGCUAAAGCUGCACAUGUGCCCAUCUCUACCAUCCUACAGACUGCAGGCUGGAGCAAAGAAUGUACUUUUCGGAAAUUCUACUGCAUUCCUUCAUCCCACAUUCAGUCUACUGUGACAGAGAAUGUAGGUACUAGACUUUUGGAGCAAUUUGCUGCUUCAUCACAAACAUUGAACUAACAUUGAAACGUUAUGUUAACAGACAAUUCAGAUGUGUUCAUGUACAUAUGUAUAAUAUGUAAAAAUG